UUGAGGCCCUGAAAUCCCAGACUCCGCCAAACACAAGCCAUUUCUGUUUUGUCGCACUGCUUCGUUGUCAGACCCUUUCUGCGUUUCACGCGACCAGGCUACUCUGGAUAUUGCCUUCAUCCAGAAACUGAACGGCGAAAAGUUUCACGACAUACUCUUCACGCUCACUUGGGUUGUCUUCCUCAACUCCUUCAACUCGAAGUCAAACAUGAGAGCUCAGCAUGGCCUGCUGCAAGAGAAUACGGGACGAGUUCUAGAGGCGAUCACAAACGCGGAAGCCCUUCUUGGGCGACAAGACAUUGACUUUCCACGUAUCGCCGUUUUCGGGGAUGAGAGUACCGGCAAGAGUUCUAUGCUUGAGGCAAUAUGCAAAAUCCCGUUUCCUCGGGGUCAUCAGACAGUCACUCGCUGCCCUACAUUACUACGGAUGCAGCGCAAGCCGGGAGCGAAGUGGUCUGGCUCUGUUUGGGCUGGAUAUGAAUCGGCGGAUAGGAAGAAUGAGACAAUGGUUAGAAAACCCGAAGACGUUGCCACUGUCAUUGCUGAUAUGCAAAAGAAGCUUUUGCAAGAAGGUGAUAAGAGCUUUUCGACUGAGCCUGUGACAGUCAGUUUAGCGUCUGAAGAUGCUUUGGAUCUCAUCUUAGUCGACUUACCAGGGUAUUUCACACACGAAGGGCUCGACAAGGCAACCAGCAAGGGGGAGGUUGAUCGUGUCAAAGAGUCUCUCCUCACGUACCUAAGAGAUGAGAACACCAUCGUUCUCGUCGUCGUUCCAGCGAAUCAACUUGUCAAAACCGUCAACAUCUUCAAUAUUUUGAAGGAGUAUGAGGAAGAUCUUCCCGCUUCUGAACGAGUCAAACUGCACGCUAGGACGAUUUACUGUUUCACGAAGUGCGAUCUGGUAGGCGGUGGCCCAGGCACUCAAGUGGCUCCUCAUGACAUAGAAGAAAUACUGAGCAACAAAGGACCUUUCUCUGCGGCACCUCAUGGAUGGUACGCUGUUGUCAAUAACGGAGGUUCUGAAUCUUCUCAGUCCAACUUUAUGGCACGAAUGGUUCGCGAUCGCGAGUACGAGGAAAAGUUCUUUGCAAAGCAUGCACCUUACAACCAUGCGGACAUAGCACAUCGCUGUGGUACCCGGAACCUUGUUCAAAAGUUAUCGAGUUUGCUGGCGGAAAAGAUCUCACACAAGGUCCCGACAAUGUUAUCACAGACGGAGAUAGCGCUCGUGGAUGCGAGAAAGGAGCUGAGACUUCAAGACCGACCAUCUGCCAGGAACAGUCUUAGCAUUCGAUGCAGGACAAUUAUUGAGGACAUCAAGGAGUACUACAUACAGGUCGCAGAGGGCAAUUACGGGCGCCUGAAAGAUGAGAUUGAAGACAUUCAGGAUGAUGUACAGGUAGAUGAGCUGGAAAAAUGCAAGCUUGCGUUCAUACGCACUCAGCUGUGCGAGUCCUUUGCAGAACAAAUCAUGGAAGCACGACUGCCUCUUAGCGAUGAGAAGUACUUAUCCAGUCUUGGAGAAAAAGUGGCGGAGGCCGUGAAUGGAAAAUUUCAGUCGACGAUGCCGAUUCCGGAGGUGCUUUUUGAGGAAGUUCGGACAUGUGCAAAGAAAUGGCGGACAAUCUCCGAAAGGAUGUGCAAUGAUAUUGCAGAUGCUGCGAUUGCGUGCCUCGAUGUGCUUGUGCGAGUGAAAGCAAGCAAAUACGAGAAUUUGCCAAGAAGACUGAACAAGUAUUUGGCGAGCAUGAUCGAAGAGCAGCGCAAGAAGGCUCAGAACAGACUUUCAUGGCACUACGUCGACGAAAUUGUUCGCCCAGAUACGCUGAACAAGUUCUUUGAGCAGGAAAUUAAUGCGAUUCAAAAUCUGCCGGGGUUGGGGAAGGACAUGGAUGGGAACAGGGAUGCAUAUGUUUCUAAUCUUAGAGCUUAUCUACCGAUUGCCGAGGCUCGAUAUAUUGACAACGCAGUGAGGACUGUGACAACACACAUCAUGGAUGUGCCUAAAGGAAGCAGGAUGACGCGGCUGGAUUCCGAGGAGCCCCCCGUAUACUCUUUUCAGGCACCGCAGAUUUAUGAAGAGCAAAACAUGAAGCAUCUUAUGAAGCUGCGUCACGAAGUCGCGGAGAAGCCUGAGAACCUCAUGGCCAAGGUCCGAGUCCUGGAAGAGCUUUAUGAUGCUUUAUGCUGCAUGACAGAGAAACCGACGACACCACGCCCUGUGCCAAUCCAACAAGCACCAAGAAUUGAAGAAACGCCACAGGUAUCACAAGUAACACAGGCAGCUCCGCCCCCUCCUCCGCAACGUCCUCAAACCGAAAACCGAGUUGCCCUGGACGCCGUUCAAGUGCGCAAGCUCGCCGCAGUUCAGUCGGCUGAAGAGGCGGAGCUUUUCGAGUCAGUGUCCAGUGAAACACCCUCGUUUAUGGACAAACUGGUUAAGAUCUUUUCUGAUUCUCGGAAGAGUGAAUCGCGAAAGUUGGAGUCCAGGAAGCACAGAAACCGCUGAGAUCGGUAGCCUAUGUUGAUCAGAGAUACGUAAACCAUAUUCACCACUCGCGCAAAA